AUCACGCUCCCUGAGGCGCUGACGUCAUCGGACCGCUACCGCCUGCACGUGGUGGCGGAGGAGUGGGGCCUCGGCCACGAGAGCCGCGGAGAGGGCGCCGCGCGCGCCAUGACACUCUGGAAGCCCUCCAGGACGCGGCGCGACAGCAGCUGCGUCGGCGGCGGCGGUGGCGGCGGCGGCGGUGAGGCAAUUGGGGCGGGAGCUGUCAACGAGGAGUUGAGGGCGGAGUGCACUGGCUUGGCCGGGGGCAGCGUUCCGGGGGCGGGUGCGGCUGCAACGCGUUGA